AUGAAGUUAUUCGUUGUAUUAUUUUCAUUAAUGGCUGUAGUCUUGUGUGAAUUACAAGGCGAGUUUGAACUCCAACACAUGCAUGACGACCAUCAUAUUGAAGUGACGGAUGAGGUCACUUUCUUCAAAAUACAUGAUCUGGAUGGAGACGGUUUUUGGGAUGAACAAGAGUUAAAAUCCAUGUACGGUCUGGAGCGUAGUAUCGACCCCAACGCACAACAUAUUAAAGUCAUCAUUGAUCGCGUCUACAAGGAUAUGGAUAUGAAUAAGGAUCGCUAUAUUUCUAUGGAUGAAUACAUCACGAGUAAAUUACCAAUCCUGACCCAACUGGAUAAAGAAAGAGAGCAUCGAUGGAAACAAGAGGAAAUGGAUAAACACGUUGAUAAAUCAUUUGUGAAUAUUUCUCCAGGAUUGUUUAGACAAGAAGGAGCAAAUUACUUGGUGCUUUGGGAUAAAGAAAAUAACAAAAACCUCGAAAGGGAAACACAAGAGAAUAACAAAGAAACAGAGACCUGA